CAGAGUCCAUCCACCCUCUAUCCAUCCCGCCUUUUGGCCACAGCAUCCUCUCCUUACGCAUCCAUAUGUCUUUUUCAUUCCUUUAGUCUGCAUCCUCUCUGUGACUGUAUUCCUACGACACAUGGGCGUUCUGCCCAGAGACUUGUCCUGCCCCCGCCUUCCGAUUGCCACGACGCCUUUCCUGCCAAACCUCUGCCAGUGCCCGCUGGCCCAAGGCGAUUCAGGAUAUGUAAAAGAGUGGAAAGUGCGUUUGAAAAGGGACUGGGGACAACCAACACGUCGCUCGAUCCUACGAACUACGACAAUGCGCGCACUCGAGUGAUACUACACGUAAUUGUUGCAAAGAGAUUAGUGGCGCGCGAGAGCAGUUGUUGCUGAGGGCGGAUUGAUAUCCGCCUCUUUGGCCACCCAAGCUGCAGCGCUGAAUCCAUUGCCUGCUGCACCAUGCCAAAGCCGGCCUCAAUCCACGAGUCGGAGACGACAGGGACGGAGUCUCAAGCGGACCCAGAUGCCUCAUCUCAAACACCUCAGGACCGGCAAAGUCCUCCACCAAAGUCACCCAGAAAACAUCCUGGGCAGAAACCGCCAACCUGGAUUCCCAUAGGACCAUCCCAGUCACAAGUCAGCAUCUUUACCGGCAACGCUGGAGGCCCAGCGUCACCAGCAAUCUCAACCCGGUCCGAGGAAACCAAUUCAGCCCUCAGUCCGGGUUCGAUUGACCGUGUCUUUCCUGUUCGCUCCGCCGUUACGAUUGACCCAACAGCCACCCCUUUGCCCAGGGGAGAGCAGGGGUCUGGCUUUCCUGGCUUCAGACCUGUGUCUCAUGCAAGAAGGCCAACCCGUACUGCCGAUGUGACCGGGUCGCCACCAAGUGGACCAUCAGCAAGGACAAUGUCCGUCUCGGAAACGUCAGAGCCCUCUAUUUCGGGACAGCAGCGCCGCCGACGACAGUCACCCGACAGCCAGAUAGCCAUCGACGUCGAUACUCAAGUUGUCACAAAUCUUUUGAUUGGAGAUGACCAGUCGCAAAAGUCUGAGGUUUCGAGCAUAUCUGGGGGUGUCGCGGUCGGUUCCUUACAAGAACCAACUCUGGUCACCGCGCGCUUUAAGCACAUAGUGACGGACGGCGGCCACGCGGUCAUCACUGGUAGAGACGGUGAAACAUUACAGCGCUGCGAGGACGAACCUAUACACAUUCCGGGCGCCAUUCAAAGUUUCGGGCUCCUUGUUGCCUUGCGCGAAGAAGAAGAAAAGUUUGUGGUUCGAGUUGUUAGCGAAAACUCGGCUAAGAUCAUUGGCUAUACGCCUCAGGAGUUGUUCCAACUGACUUCGUUCUUGGACAUUUUCAGCGACGAACAAGCAGACAAUCUCUUGGAUCAUCUAGACUUUAUUCGGGAUGAGGGCGCCGGAGAUGUCGUUGCUAACGGACCGGAUGUGUUCAUGCUUACCAUCAGGCCUCCUCAUUCCAGAAGCCGCAAGCUGUGGUGUGCCAUGCAUUUAUCAGAGAGCGAUCCUGGUAUGAUCAUAUGCGAAUUCGAGAUUGAAGACGACAAGGCCAAUCCUCUGCGCCCCCCAGAGGAAGAGACCCCUGAUAUUCCGGAAGACACGCUUGGAAGCAAGCCGACAGAUGAAGAGUUUAUCGACAGUACGGUCAAUAUCAGCAGACCCCUUCGCGUUUUGCGUAGUGCACGCAAGAAACGUUCCGAAGCGGCUGCCAUGGAGGUUUUCAACAUUAUGUCCCAAGUACAAGAGCAACUGGCCACUGCGCCGACUCUGCCAAUAUUUUUGAAGGUCUUGAUAGGCAUAGUAAAGGAGCUCACCGGCUUCCACCGAGUGAUGAUCUACCAAUUCGACCAAGCCUGGAAUGGGCGUGUUGUGGCCGAAUUAGUAGACCCGAGGGCCACUCGUGACCUUUACAAAGGCCUCAACUUUCCUGCGUCAGACAUUCCUAAGCAGGCGAGAGAUCUAUAUAGGAUCAACAAGGUUCGUCUACUUUACGAUCGAGAUCAAGAGACGGCUCGGCUGGUGUGCCGGACGAUGGAAGACCUGGAAAAGCCUCUUGACAUGACCCAUGCCAAUCUGCGAGCUAUGUCGCCCAUCCACCUGAAGUAUCUGGUCAAUAUGGCCGUGCGCUCUUCCAUGUCGAUAUCGAUCAACGCAUUCGAUGAAUUAUGGGGUCUCAUCGCUUGCCAUACAUAUGGGCCAAAGGGGAUGAGGGUCUCGUUCCCAAUCCGUAAAAUGUGUCGCCUCGUUGGUGAUACUGCCUCUCGCAAUGUCGAGCGCCUGUCGUAUGCAUCAAGGCUCCAAGCACGGAAGCUCAUCAACACAACCUCCUCUUCCACCAAUCCGUCAGGCUACAUUGUGGCGUCGUCCGAAGAUCUCUUGAAGCUAUUUGAUGCCGACGUUGGCGUGCUGUCAAUACGCGAUGAAACCAAGGUCAUGGGAAGGUCGGGAGGGCAUCUGCAGGAAGUCCUCGCCAUGGUGGAAUAUCUACGAAUGAGAAGAAUGACCUCGGUCUUCUGUUCGCAGGACAUAUCAAAUGACUUUCCCGAUCUCCGAUACGAGCCGGGAUGGAAAUAUCUCGCCGGUGUGCUGUACGUUCCACUCUCUAGUGGCGGGGGGGAUUUCAUUGCGUUCUUCCGCAAAGGAGUUCUCCAAGAAGUCAAGUGGGCUGGCAAUCCCUACGAAAAAUUCGUCAAGGAAGGCACCGAAGGCUACCUUGAACCUCGAACCAGUUUCAAAGCGUGGAGUGAGACUAUCGUUGGCCGGUGCCGUGAUUGGACUGAUGAGGAGAUCGAAACGGCAUCUGUUCUCUGUCUUGUCUACGGCAAGUUCAUUGACGUGUGGCGGCAAAAGGAGGCUGCGCUCCAAAAUAGUCAGCUCACUCGGCUCUUGCUUGCAAAUUCUGCUCACGAAGUUCGGACCCCUCUUAAUGCAAUCAUCAAUUAUCUCGAGAUAGCAUUAGAGGGACAGUUGGAUCAGGAUACACGGGAAAAUCUGGCACGCUCACAUUCGGCCUCGAAAUCUCUGGUCUAUGUCAUCAAUGAUCUUUUGGAUCUCACCAAGACAGAAGGCGGCCAGAAUCUGGUCAAAGACGAAAGUUUCGAUCUGCUCGCUGCACUUAAAGAAGCAACAGAUCCUUUCAUUGGCGAUGCAAAGCGCAAAAACCUGGAUUAUCAUGUCUCCAUCGCACCUGAGCUACCCCAGAGAGUAGUGGGUGACCAUCGACGAGUCCGUCAAGUUGUGUCAAAUCUCAUUGCCAACGCGAUUCAGCACACAAAUCAAGGGAGAGUGAUUGUAGAAGCUUCUUUGUCAGAGAUGUCGUCGCGAGAGGAUAAGACAGAAGUGGAAAUCGUAGUCGAAGACUCUGGCGUUGGCAUGUCCCAAGCAAAGGUCGACGCUCUGUUUCGAGAGCUAGAGGAAGUCACCUACGAAGAAGAUACCCCGGAUAUGAACCUACUGUCUGAUAGUCCGUUUUCUGGACCAGAGUCUACAAAUGCACAGGUGACAUUGGGACUUGGGCUUGCUGUAGUGGCGAGAACAAUCCGACACAUGCAUGGACAACUUCGCGUAAAAACUGAGGAAGGCAGAGGCUCACGUUUUGUCAUUCUUCUGAGUUUUGAUACUGAACACGCAAGUGAGGACAAGCCGAGCUCUGCACACCCUCCACCGUCUCCAUCGGCUCGCUCCACCACGGCAACUGAUACAAACACCAAGGACGGCGAGGUUACAUUAGUCUACCGGAAUCCAAAACAACGGAUGGAAGCAAACACAAUGACUCGAAAGGAAAGUGCCGAGAGCAUGCACAGCGUCAAUAGCCUACGCAGCGGGAAGAGCGGGAAGAGCGCAGUCAGCAUGAGGAGCGACGUCAGCCAGAAGAGUGAUGCGGACAGGCUCAUUGAUGCUAUUCAAGAACCCCUGCGCCUUUUCGAAGAGAAGGCCAAUACAACGGAUGGGUACGUUAGGGGAAAGCGUACUUCCAUCAGCUCUAGCACCAUCCCACCUCCGGAACCAUCGUCACCAACCAGGCUCAAAGCAGUGUCUUCCCCUCAGACACCCAGGCCCCAUUCAAUCAUGAAACACCCUGGCGUUGAAAAAGUGGCGGACUCUGGUACUCCUCUUCGACCCGUUAGGAUGCCUGACGAGUACGCGGAAAAGACUGAACCGCCUAAAACUGGAGCAAAGGUGCUCUUCGAGGAGCCGGAGUCAAUAGGAGCACCAUCCGACACUACGGAAACAUCGCGAUUUGGCGCAUCCGACAAUUUCUCAAUCUUGGUUGCGGAAGACGAUCCCAUCAACAGCAAGAUUAUGAAGAAGCGGCUAGAAAAGCUGGGACACAUACCCCAUAUGACAGUCAAUGGUGAAGAGUGUGCCUCGGCUCACGGUGAACAGCCUGCUUCGUUUGACGCCAUAUUGAUGGAUUUGCAAAUGCCGAUCGUGGACGGGUUCAGUUCUACUAAAAUGAUCCGUUCAUUUGAGAAGACGCAUUCGGGCACUUGUCUGUCGAGCAGAGCUCGGGAGAUUGGCAGAAUUCCCAUAUUUGUGGUCUCGGCCUCUUUGGUUGAAAGGGAGCGUGACAAGUACAUUCAGACUGGGUUCGAUGGCUGGAUAUUGAAGCCUGUAGAUUUCAAAAGAGUAAACCAGUUGCUCAAGGGCAUCGUCGACCCGGAGGCACGGAAUGCUUGUUUUUAUGAGAAAGGCAACUGGGAAAGGGGUGGGUGGUUCAGAUCCUCCAAAGAUCAGCACGACCCUUUCGAAGUCGAUACUCAUCCUAGCCUGGAAAAGCCCGUGGCUGAAGCAGAAAAAGAUCGAAAAGGAUCCGACGCUUCAGCCUCGUGACCCUGUCCAGCAUGAGUCCAAGAAUCAACUGCUUCCGUUGUAUCAGGAAGACACGGGGUCGUGUCAUGACGCUACAGUACUCUUGAGAGCCUGAGACAUCACCUAGAGCAGAAACGAAUACAGCAAGUCCUCGAUGCUAAUACGCUUGCUAAUCAUGCCCUCUUCUCAAUCCCGAAAAGCCACGACGUUACUGAUGAACGUGGGCAUUCCAGAUUUUGUCAUCGUGGGAAGUAUAGAUGGAAGGCAUGGUGUUGGAAGAGGCCACGUUCAGACCUUUCUGCCUGCGCACCUACCCGGUAGUACUUUGGACAUGGAAUACAAGGCUUGGGUUUUCACGUUUACAAAGAAUAGAAUCUGCAUCAUGACAAGGACGGGAGAGGUAUGACUAGGUGUGAUAUGAACGCGAACGUGUGUACGUUUAUUGCAUGACCAGAGGCAAGCAGAGAGACUUUUGUAUGGCAGACAGAGCCGGUAGUUUAGACACACGGCCAACGGUACGGAGUACUGUAUGCAUAGUAUCAUUGACUGC